AAUCCAAAAGUAAAUGAGGAACUUAGAAAAAGAUUGCCAACUCCAGAUCAACAUAUUUAGAGAAAAUUGGAAAAGGAGAAGCUUACUACAGCUCUAUUUGAGGACUUUUUAAAGAACUCAGGGGUCUAGCUGUGAGCUACAGUCUUGGAGCAUAAACCAGAGAUAUUGCCAGAGCAAACAAGAAUAGAAGUACAAAUGGAUGUCUGGUCAAAAGGUACAGAUAGAGCCUACAUUUCUCUUGAAGAGGCUUCAGGGAGAAAUAAAAGUAGACAGCUAGACAAGCAACUGACUAUGAAUUCUGAAAACAAGCAUCAGAAUCUGGAGGAUUUAGGAAGUGAAGUCACACGUGAUGACACAGAAUUGCCAGAACAGAUAGCAAGGAAUUUUCAAGUUGUUAGUCCUCAUCCAGAUUAUGGGAUAUCUGAAGAUUCCAGCAUUAUGGAAAGUAGGAAGAAUGAUUUGAAUUAUGAAUAUAUGAUUCCUAACCAACUUACUUCAGACUCUGAAGAAACAAUUGCCUUUCUUCUAAAAGAAUUAGAUAUUCUCAGAUCAAGCAAUAAAAAGCUUCAAGAAAAUCUGAUUAAAGAAAAUAAAGAACAUAGAAAAUUAAAGCUUGUGUUGGAACUUCAGGAGAAAGCAACAGAAGCUAAAAUUGCUGAAAAGACAGCAGCUCUGGUUGAAGAAGUGUAUUUUGCACAGAGAGAACGUGAUGAAGCUAUUAUGGCUAGACUGCAACUGGCGAUUAAGGAGAGAGAUGAAGCAAUUGCACGAGCCAAGCAUAUGGAAGUUUCUCUAAAAGUGCUAGAAAAUAUUAACCCUGAAGAAAAUGACAUGACAUUACAGGAAUUACUGAACAGAAUAAACAACGCAGACACAGGGAUCGCUAUUCAGAAGAAUGGAGCUAUAAUUGUGGAUAGAAUCUACAAGACCAAGGAAUGUAAAAAGAGAAUAACUGCAGAAGAAAUGAAUGCAGUGAUAGAAGAACGAGAUGCUGCUUUGUCUCAGUGCAAACGGCUAGAGCAGGAGCUUCAUCAUCUGAAAGAGCAGAACCAGACUUCAGCAAACAACAUGAGACAUCUGACUGCUGAAAACAAUCAAGAACGUGCUCUGAAGGCAAAGUUGUCAUCAAUGCAGCAAGCCAAAGAAACUGCAGUUGAGCAAUACAAAAAACUAGAAGAGGAAAUCCAGACACUACGAGUUUACUACAGUUUACAUAAAUCAUUGUCUCAAGAAGAAAACUUGAAGGAUCAGUUUAACCACACUCUUAGUACCUAUGAAGAAGCUUUAAAAAACCAAGAAAACAUCGUUCUCAUCACUCAACAACAGAAUGAAGAACUAGCUACCCAACUGCAGCAAGCUCGAGCAGAGCACGCAAACAUGGAAUUACAGCUUCAGUGUGCCGUAGAAGCCUCCCAUGUGGCCAGUGAAAAAGUGCAGAAGUUAGAAAGGCUGGUGGACGUCCUAAGGAAGAAAGUUGGAACUGGGACCAUGAGGACAGUGAUCUGACUGAAAGAAACGACAGUCUGGGGAAGCGAUCACAUCUGGUGACCAGGCUGCUUCAUUCAACACUGUGUAAACACUAAAAGCCUUAACUUAGCAAACAGUUGUUAGAAGUGGGACACUCCAACCACAUUCCAAGCUGAGAUAAAAUCAAAUCACAAAUGUUUAACCACUUUGCUGCUGACUUGAGUUAUUUAUCCAAAUAUAUUAACUACAGACUUUUACCGAUGGGUAGCUAUAAAGUUACAGCUUAUUUUGUAACUAUUUUAUAUUUCAGUGUCUUUCAUAUAAAUCAUUUUUACUGGGAUACCACUAGAGAAACAUGGUAAAGUUGGUCGGGAUCAUAUAUUCACACAUGGCCCUUUUUGAAUCAAAGUGCAGCAAAGUAAAUAUUAUCUAAGCCUUAAUCUACUGUUAGGUCAAAACUUCAAAUAAAUGUAUUUUUCAAUAUAGAGUAUAUUUCUGAACUGAUGAGAGAAGCUCAGACAUGAGAAUAUGUAGUCUUUCUUUAAUGCAUGUAUGAAAUCUUUGUCAGUACUAAGUAUAGAUACUAAGAAUUAAGUAGAAGAUUUGAUUUAAUGAGAGAUUAGCACAUAAAAAUGAUAUUUACCAAAAAAUGAUAUUUACCAGGGUAUGAUUUUUAUUGCACCAGAAACAACAGACUAUUUUCAAUAAAAAGAAGAUUGUUAGUGUGUA